GACAGAGGGUAUCCCAGCAGGCGUUGCUCCUAGGUCGGACUUCUUGUUCCAGCCAAGACCAGAUGCUGCUCAGGACCCAGAUGCUCCAGAGUCUAACCCUGCACCCUCUGCUCCUGGAACUCUUACAAUCCCCCCUUCUUUACGUCUCAAACCUCCCUCUUCCUCCUCCCACUCUCCUAUCUCUCGUCCCCGUACACCCCUUUUCCCCCCUCUCCGGCCACGCCCCCAGACCAGUGCCAUGGUAACAGACAGACAGACCACACCCACCCGGCACCUCUCAGUCCCACCUCCAACUCUCUACUCUUCUGUGCGUUCUGUCCCUCUGAGACCCAGACUUCAUUCUGCAAAUGGCCACAGGGUGGCAUCCCCGAGACACAGCCCGGCCCUGCAACCAAUCGCUGCUGCAGCUACCAGACAGGCCCUGCCCAGCAGACAGUGGACUGGACCAGCCAGCAGUUUGUCAUCUCAAAUCCCACCCACACAGACCACCCCAGGCCAAUCACAGCUCAGCUCAGGCUCUAGUCCCCUGGGUUCUACUUCCUGUUUUGAUCGGUUGCCGCCGGCAUCAAGGCAGCUGCAAAUCAUUGCCCUCUCCGCUGGCUCCACCCACCGCCUCAGCAGCCAACUACAGCCUGCUGCCAACACACACACCCCAGCUUCUGUCCAAUCAAAGCACCUGGUUCUUGAAUCCCCACCACCUCAGCUCAAUGCCCAACCACAGAGGACUUCUGAACACGCCUCUCCCUCUCCCACCUCCUCCAUCCACAAAGCCAACACACCCCUACCCUACCUCCAUUAUCAGGCCAGACACACGGAUCCAAAAGGAGAAGUGGGGAGACAGGGGGUAAGGGAGGAGAGAGAGAGGGUGGGAUUAGAGGAAGAAAUUAUGGGGGGAAUUGAAGAGGGGCAGAGGAAUAGAGAGAGGGUGGGAGGAGACAGACAGGUGACAGGAGAGGAGAAAGGGAAUGUGGAUAAGAGAGGAGCGAGGGUGGGAGGACAGGAGAAAGAGGGGACUGGAGGAGAGGAAACAUUGAUGGAGAGAGUUAAGGGACUUGAGACACUGAGAGAGAUGACAGAAGUAGAGGAGGGGCAGGAAAGGAUGAAGAUAGAGGGAGAGGAGCAGAGAGAGAGGAUGGAAGUAGAGGAGGAAAAGCAGAGACAGAGGAUGGAAGUAGAGGAGCAGGAGCGGGGACAGAAAGAUGCAAUGAAAGGAGAGGAGGGGACUACAAUAGACCCACAGCUCAAUCCAGACCCGGCUACUCAGAACCCUCCCUCAGAACCCCCCAUAAACAUCCAGAGACCAUCAGACCGUCCCAUAGAGCAAUCCCCAGACCUCCCCCAUGUGGACCAAGAGGACCUCUGUGAGAACAUGUUCAAUCAGUCUGACAACCAAUCAGUCUUGUCCAGUCUUUCCUCUCAGUCUCCCCCUGCCUCACCCUUCCUCACCCUUUCAUCUGAUCUCCCCCCUCCUCUCCUGCCUGUUAGCCCUUCCCACCCAGAGAGCCUCAGCCUAUCACAGAGCCGCCCUGAGACCUUCAGUCUAUUGGAGCGCAAGCCUUGGUCACAGAGGGUCUGGCCAGAGGGCGGGAGGCGUGUCUUAACUCACCUGGUGGAGGGCUUCAUCAUACAGGAGGGGCUGCAGGCAUUCCCGGUGAACCGCUCGUCUCUGUUGUUGGGAGGGCAGGAGGGUGUCUCCCAGAAUGGGAACAUAGAGGGAGCCGAGUUAUUACCGUUGACAGACACACCAGAGCCACCGGAACAUUCCAGCGAAUCAGAACAAGAGCGUGUGGCUACAAGUGACCCGCUCACAGGUAACCCACCUUAAUCUCCUGGUUCUGAAUCAAUAUUCAAUUCAAUAUUCAAUUCAAUUAUCUCUCUGAAUCCAAA